AUGCGAAUGGAUAUGGAACGGCAGGCAUCCGCAGCAGCAGCAUCAGCCACCCACGGCUCAUCCACUCGCCUUGACAUGGGCAUGGGCAUGGGCAUGGGCGUUGGGAUGGGCAUGGGCAUGGGCAUGAGCGGAAUGGGCAUGGGGAAGGGCUUAUCUGGUGUAGGUGCUACUGCUGCCUCUUCUUCCUCCUCUGCCGCUGCUGCUGCUGCUCGUCGUGCUGCUGUUUUGGAUCGGGCUAUGGGGGGGAGUGGAGGGCUGGAUGGGAGGGCGAUGGAGGGGCGAGGGGUGGAUUUACGGGACGGGAGGGGCGGUGCAGGAGGAGGGUCGGGGUCGUUUUUCGACACAGGGCAGAAGGCGAAGAAGAAACCAGGCUCGGGUGCAGGUUCGGGCGUUGGUUCGGGGGUUGGUUCGGUGCUUGACGGACCCACAGCGGAAACGCUUCGGAAAGUAUUAGAUGAUGAUGAUGAUGAUGAUGAUGACGAGGAGGAGGAGGAGGAAGAGGAGGAGGAAGAGGAGGAAGAGGAAGGGGAGGAUGAGGACGAAGAAGGGGACGAGGAUGAGGACGAUAGUGGUAGUGUGGUGGAUCGAAGCAUAAACGCCCCUCUGUACAAACGAUCAGCAACAGCUUCAAAAGUUUCGCGGGAAGAACUUUUCCACCUGCCCGUGCCCGACCCCAGCCAAUACAAUCGCUCGAGAAGCGUGCCGAAAUCCCACGACCGCCUUAAAGGGGGCAGAGGAGGUGGGGAUGGCGGAGGAACAUCGGCAGAAAAAGCCGAGCGAGGAGAGAAAGGAGAAAGGGGAGAGAGGGGAGAGAGAGGCGAGAGAGGGGAGAGGGGCGAGAGGGGGGAGAGAGGAGAGAAGGGCGAGAGGAGAGAAAGGUUGGGGUUGAGCAGAGGGGGGAGCGCAGGCGGGCCAACAAAGACCCUCUUUCUCGAAGCCAGCGGCUCCUCCUCCUCUGCUGGGUUUGGCCUCUCCCUCUCCCCCCGAGGAGGCGACAGAGGAGCGCGAGGAGAGAGGGGAGAGAGAGGCGGAGAGAGAGGAGGAGGGGGGGCGGCGGGGGCGGGCGGAGUGCUGACGGUGUCUAAGCCGUGGAGCCCGCUGCCUCUGACAGCGUCCAACCAGCUGGGGGGAGCGCGCGGGGCCAAGUCGUUCACCGGGGGAUCUGCCUUCCUGGAGUCGCUGCCUGAGGAGGACAAGAAGCUCAUCCGGGGAUUCAAGGUGCUGGUGGUAGAGGAUGACAUAGUCAACUGCACGAUAAGUCGCCAACUUCUCGAACUCCUCUCCUGCCGUGUGACCCUCACACGCAAUGGCCGAGACGCGCUUGAUCUCAUGCGGGGCGGAACAGACCUGGAGCUGCAGGCGCAGGAGGCAGCAGUGGCGGCCGCAGGAGGCGCGGAGGAGGGCGCAGAGGUGGCCCCGCAGUUUGACCUGGUGCUGAUGGAUCUGAACAUGCCUGUGAUGGAUGGGAUUAAAGCGGUGGAGCAGUUUAGGGAGUGGGAGGAGCUUGCGGAACCUCGACGGCAGGCCACACUCAUCUUUGCUGUGACCGCAAACGUCUCAGACGGCAACAUGGUGAAGUGUGCACAGAAGGGAUUCGACGAGUUCCUGAGCAAGCCACUGACGCCCGAGAAGCUGCUGAACCGCCUGCGCGAGCGCGACGGCUCCACGCGCGACAGGCGCGCGCGCGCAGGAGCCCUUUUCCCGCGCCCCCGCCGCCACUGUCGCGCAUCCGCGCUGGGGCUGGGGGCCGCGGGGGUGCUAUUCGCGCGCGACACUCCGCCUGGACACGUGGCACAGCGCGAGAUCGACCCAGUGUUGCGCAUUCGGGAUGAAACAGACGGGUUUGAUGAGAUCGACGGUGAGGGUUGGCUGGACGGUGACGCCACGGACGGCGACGACGCCUGGCUGGAAAACGGCCGUGUAUCGGCGCGAUCAAAUAUACUCGAUACGAGCAGCAGCAGUAACGCGAACAGCAGCAGUAGCAGCAGCGCAGUUUCGUCUAACGGCCAGUCGUGGUUGACGGAGGGGGAAGGCGGGUCGGCCCCAGGGGAAGAGGGAGUGCCCGCAGGGCCGCUGGGGGGGAAGCUGGGGAACGCGGAGCGGAAGGAGCUCCGCGCGUAUGCGCACCGCAUGGGCAGCCGAAUAAGCACGCACCAGAUUGGCAAGUGGGGAGUCACGUCCACAGUCAUCACCUCCCUGCAUGACGGCCUGGAGAAGCACGAAUUGCUCAAGAUAAAGAUUUCCGACAACUGCCCAGAUGAGGCAUGGGAGGUGGGGCAGAUCCUGGAGGAGAAACUAGCAGCUCAGCGCCUCUCCUACUCGGGAUUCGCGACCAACGAGGAUGGCGUACUCGUCGCGAAGCAAAGCCGGGUUACCCUUUUCAAGCGUAAUUCGCCGAACUCAAAAUCGUCUCCCUCCAACGGCAAAUCCGCGUUCGCGAAGAAGCAAAAGCAAGCCGAAGCAGAGAUGAUCGCGGCGGCGGCCAGCAAGCGCACCAAAAGCCCGAGCAAAGCCCGCUCCUUCAGCAGCAUCUUCGGCAGUCUCGUCUCGAAGCCCGCUGCGCAAGACACGCCAGUAGCGGCGGCGCCGUCGCUCACCAUUUUCUGCGCGCCGAAGCCCUACUCGUCAAUUCUUGAUCCCAAGGAUCCGCAGCCGGACAACCAGAUCCGCGCGCUGCGCUCCUGGCUGCGCCUGACGCCUUCCCCGAAGAUCGUGCUUCUGGGGAACGACUCGACUUUCUCCGAGCUCGCGCGUCGCUUCCCGAAGCAGGUCUCCGUGGAAUCCGCUAUCGAUACUAACUACUACGGCCUGCCGCAGUUUCACAGUAUCGUGGCGCGCGCGCAAGCGGCGGACACGGACCUGUCGAUGAUCAUCAACGGCGAUAUCAUCCUCCUUAACAACGUCUUCGAUGCAAUCAACAAGGUUCACAAGACGUUCCCGCACUGGGUGAUGACCGCGGCGCGGUGGGACGUGGCGGAGGAUUUUCCCUACACCUUCUUCCCCUCCAUGUGGGCGAAUGCGCGGAGCCGCGGUCCCGCGGCGCUCGAGAAGGAAAUCGCGGAGUAUGCGCGGACUAAGGGAUCGCUGCACACGUAUGGCGGGGUGGAUUUCUGGGUGUGGAAUAACUCCCCCGUGCAGCUUCACACGGGUAUCAUGCCGCCAUUCGCGUUCGGGCGCGGCAAGUACGACAACUGGUUCACGCACGAGAUCGUCGCAUCGGGCCUUCGCGAAGUCGUUGACGCGAGCGACGCGGUGACGUCCAUCCACGUGGCGCACUCCUACGCGCACGUGACGGAAUCCGCGGAGACGAAGAACGGCGCGGCGGCGCUCGCGGGGAAGAACUUCUGGAGCACGCGGAAGAAGAGCAGCUGGGAGCUCUUCGCGAACAUCCACCUCGCGCAAACCCACGGCUCUUACUCCAACCAGCUCGGAACCGCCCUCCACGUGCCGUGGAAAAUGUCUUCCUGCUUCGAGCCGGCCGUGAACAACAUGUGCCUGCAGCGCCGCCUCCGCCCCGCGACCUGCCAGUGCGAAUACUCCAACUUCGUCGAUAUCAGCCAGUCGGAUCCCAAGAUCGAUCCGUCCGGCCGCAGAUGGACCUGCGGCAGCGUGUCCGUCGAUAAGAAGGCGGAUUACUCGAUCCAGGCCGUUCCCACCCCGGGAUCCGCGGUGGGGCUGCCUCACACGGCGGCGCAGCUGCUUCAGCAGGUGGCGCGCGAGGUGGGGGGGCUGAAGGUGGUGAUUCUGGUCGCGGUGACCAUGGGGUACGCGGAGAUGCUCAUGAGCUUCGUGUGCCGCCUGCGCGGGCUGGGUCUGGCGGACAACCUCGUGGUUGCCGCGCUCGACGAGGACUUGUACCGAUUCGCCUUCUCCCAGGGGCUCGCUGUGUAUCACGAGCAGGUGAGCGUGGGCUACCAGGGACUCAACUCCAAGGACUGUGUGUUCGGCAGCCAGUGCUUCCGCCAGUUCACCAAGCUCAAGUCGCGCUCCGUGCUCAAGGUGCUCCAGCAGGGCUACUCCGUGCUCUGGACCGACGUCGAUAUCGUCUGGUUCUCCGACCCUCUCCCGGACCUCAUGAGCUACGGCCCGGGCACCUUCCCGAUCCAGAGCAACGAGCCGAAUGGGUCGAUUCCAGGCACGGGAAUUCGGCGGAUCAACUCGGGGUUCUACUUUGCUAGGUCUGAUCCGAAGACCAUAGAGGCAUUCGAGGCGAUCACAGCGCACGCUGCCACGACUAAGCUAUCUGAGCAGCCGAGCUUUUAUGAUAUCCUGUGCGGUGUGAAGGGAGAGAACCUGGUGGCUGGGAAGGAGGAGUGCCGGUGGCAGAACGGCCUGCGAACCAUUUUCCUCGACCGCAAGGUGUACCCGAAUGGUGCGGUUCACAACUACUGGGAGCAUGAGGACGUGCUUGGGAACUGCCUGAAGAAUGGAUGCACCAUCCUGCACAACAACUGGAUCGCAGGGAAGGAUGCUAAGAAGAACCGGUUCAUGGUGAACAAGUUCUGGCAUUACGAUCCUGAGAGGAGGAUGUGCACGUGGAGGUGGCACUCCAAGCUGCCUGCUGUGGCACAUGCUGACACUGUGCAAGCUCAAUAA